AUGGAAGGAAAAAAACCACUCUGUGCAGAGUGUAGUGUUGCUGUUAAUAAAUUGGCAUCUUAUAAGCUGCACAUCAGUGAUGCUUACUUAUCUAUGGCCUGUAAUUCCUUGGAAGACACAGUACAAUCUCUUUUUGCUGAAUUCUUUGAAGACCAAGCCGAUGUGAAGAGGGAAAAUGGAAAGCAAUUCAUAAAAUAUCUAAGAAAAUGUGGGAAUACACUCUGCCUUCCAAUGUUUAAGAGGCCUGAGAUAGAUAACUGGGGAACUGGCAUAAGCGCUCUAGAGUGUGCUCUGGAAUUGGAAGACCAGUUAACCAAGCUCCUGCUGGACCUGAAGACCACAGCUUCUGCCAACAAAGAAUAUGAUCUCCUAUGCUUCUUGGGAAAGUUCCUGGAUGAACAGGUGGAAAACACAGAACACCUGAGAAUCCAGCUAAGCUAUCGUAAGCAAUUAGAAAAUGAGGCCAAGAAGGAGAAAGACCCAUUGAAAAAGCCUGCUGAAGUGUUAGAAAGCUGGGGUCUUCUGGAAUUCAAAGGACAAACCAAUGACCCCAGACUGAACAAAGAGGGCUUUUUUGGGGACCACAGUGGCAACAAAAGGCCUGAGGUAGAUAACUGGCAAACCGGCAUAAAAGCUCUAGAGUGUGCUCUGGAAUUGGAGAACCAGUUAACCAAGCUCCUGAUGGACCUACGGAUCACAGCUGCUACCAACAAUGACAGUCAUCUCUUGAGCUUCAUGAAAAGGUUCCAGGAUAAACAGAGGAAGGACAUAACCCACCUGCAACACCAGAUUGUGUAUUUUAGAAUAUUAGAAAAGGAGGUCCAGAAGGAGGAAGAAAUGUUGAAAAAGGCUGCUGAAAGAAAGCCUGUUGGAUAA